AUGUCUUCGCCAUCCUCGCCUUCCUCGCCGGGCCGCCAGUCCCCCAAAACUGCGGCGGAGCAUUUUAAUUCGACGGCCUCCCAGUACGAGCGAUCGACGGGCGGUUGCACCUGGGAACUCGCGCGCGACCUUCUCGAUCUUCCCGAUCUUCAAUCCAUUACCGAAAUUAUCCGGCGAUGCGAAAACGAGGGUACCGCGGUGCCGGAGAUCGCGGCCGUCGAUGCGGCGGAGAACAUGGUUGAUUUGGCGCGGGCCAAGUUUAGGGAUAGUCGGCACGCCGCCCGGCUUUCGUUUGCGGCGGCGCCGGGCGAGAGUCUGGACCUAUUCGAGAGCGAAUCCUUCACGCACAGCAUCACCAACCUCGGGAUCCUGUUCUUUUCCGACGAGGACGAGGGGGCCAAGGAGAUUUACCGUACCCUCGCGCCCGGCGGGGUCGCUGUGGUGACGACGUGGGCGGAGCUGGGCUAUCUCACGCGGGUGAUCCACCCCGCGCAGAGGCUCAUCCGGCCGUGCGACCCGGUGUUCAAGCUGCCCAUCUCCGCAGCGUGGUUCCAGCCCGACUUUGUGGAGGAGGUGAUGCGGAGGGGCGGGUUCGGCGACGUGGAGAUGGCGGAGAGGACGGUGCACUACGGGGCGCCCGACGAGGAGGACCUGACGCAGAUGCUGAUUCUCUCGUUCCAGAUGCUGUACCACGACUGGCCGGAACACGAGAAGAAGAAGUUUGUCAAGACGGUGGGGAACCUGGUGAGGAAGACGAGCGUGCCGUAUACGAUGCCGGACGGCAGGGAUGGGAUGGGAAUCCCGAUGAGGGCGAUUGUGGCCGUGUGUCGGAAAUGA